ACUGAAGUACCGAACUGAAGCGAUGUGACACAACCGGACCCGACCGGACCGGACCGGACCAAGCCGGGCUCCCUGCAGAGCGAACAUGGGUGUCUGAGCCUGCCGGACGGGGAGCGACUCUUCCCCACUUUUCGGCCGGACGCGCAGCUGCGGGUGUCGGACAGAAUCCACAGAAAGUGUCGGGCAUGGCUGAGGCGGAGCGCGGUAAGCCGAGCCAGCGGGCUCCGGUCCGGGUGGGAUUCUAUGAGAUCGAGCGCACGCUGGGGAAAGGAAACUUCGCCGUGGUGAAACUGGCGAGACACCGGAUCACCAAGUCCGAGGUCGCCAUAAAGAUCAUCGAUAAGACUCAGCUGGACGCUGCGAACCUGGAGAAGAUUUACAGAGAGGUGGAGAUCAUGAAGCUGCUGGAUCAUCCGCACAUCAUCAAGCUUUACCAGGUGAUGGAGACCAAGAACAUGCUCUACCUGGUGACUGAAUAUGCCAAGAACGGGGAGAUAUUUGAUUACCUGGCCGGUCGCGGUCGGCUGAGCGAGGCAGAAGCCCGCAGGAAGUUCUGGCAGAUCCUCUCGGCUGUGGAGUACUGCCACGAGCGUGGCAUCGUCCACCGUGACCUGAAGGCUGAGAACCUGCUGCUGGACGCGAACAUGAACAUCAAGAUUGCAGAUUUUGGAUUUGGGAACUUCUUUCAGCCGGGGGAGCCCCUAACCACGUGGUGCGGCAGCCCACCUUACGCAGCCCCCGAGGUCUUUGAAGGACAGAAGUACGAAGGUCCACAGCUGGAUAUCUGGAGUAUGGGCGUGGUCUUAUAUGUUUUGGUGUGUGGCGCUCUACCCUUCGAUGGCCCCAGCCUGCCUGUUCUGAGACAGAGGGUCCUGGAGGGGCGUUUCCGCAUCCCUUACUUCAUGACUGAGGACUGCGAACAUCUGAUCAGGAGGAUGCUGGUUCUGGACCCAGCCAAGCGUCUGGCCCUGAGACAGAUCCGCCUGCACCGCUGGAUGGUGCAGGAGGUCCCGCCCCAGAAGCCCCAGCUCAACCGGCCAGCCCUGGGCGUGUACAGCGAGCAGGUCCUUCGCCUCAUGCACAGUCUGGGUAUCGAUCAGCACAAGAGCUUAGAGUCCCUCCAGAACAAAAGCUACAAUCAUUUUGCUGCUAUCUACUAUCUGCUGGUGGAGCGACUGAAGGCCCACAGGAGCAGUUUUCCUGUGGAACAGCGACUGAACGCUGUCCAGCGACGACCCAGCACAGUGGCUGAACAAACUGUCCUUAAGGCCUCUGUUCCAGCCUUACAGCCCACACGUCACCUGCGCUCACCACUUCUCCUCCAGACCUCCACGGAGACCUUCAGCUUCCCACAAUGCUCUGCUUCAACAGAUCAGGCCCUCAUGGAGGAGGAGGUGGCUACACCUAAGGUGGACGGCUGUCUGCUGGAGCCGCUGCCUCCCAGGGUGGCACGUAAAGCCAGCGGGUCGCUGCCUGUCACCACCGCCGAGCCGUCUAUAGAUGAGGGCAUCGAGGCUGAGGAGGAGCAGAGCAGACACGCCCUGUCUGAGGGUACGCACCAGCCGGGUACAACGCCAACCUCGGUGAAGCUGCUCUCCAUGGCUCUGAACCCGUCCAUGGGCAGCAUGGACUCCGACUACGACAUGGGCUCCACACAGAGUGACCUCAGCCUGCCCGAAGAUGCUCCGCCCCCCGGCUGCACGCUGGCUGCCACACCCGUCAAUCAAGCAGGCCCCGCCUUUCCAUACACGAAACCUGCUAACCUCACCUCGCAGGCCCUGACCCCAGAGGGACGGAAAGUUCACAAUCACUCAUCGGUCAGCUUCCGCGAGGGCAGACGAGCCUCGGACACUUCGCUCACGCAAGGUCUGGUAGCGUUUCGGCAGCACCUCCAAAACCUGGCCAGGACCAAAGGAAUCAUGGAGUUGAACAAAGCCCAGGUGGUGCUGGGAUCUGGAGACGGAGAUGCCAGAUUUCAGGCGAAAAACCUGGAGCUUCAGCAGCAGGUGGAAGGACACCAGUGCCGUGGUGGGAAGGACCAAACGGGGUUCUCAACCAAAAUGCAUCCUUAUCUGCUGUCCAGGAGACAGUCACUGGAAACCCAGUAUCUCGCACAAAGACUGCAGAGGGCCAGUCUGCUGACUAGCGGUGCCAGCACCGGGCAGAUGUUCUGCAAGGAGCCUCCAGUUCGAACCCUGGAGCAGCAGCUGCAGGAAUACAGGCUCAGGCAGAAGAGGCUCCAUCUGCAAAAGCAGCCGCAGCUGCAGGCCUACUUCAGCCAGACACCGGGACCGGACCGCGCCGACGUUCCUCUCACCGGCCCGGCGUUACUGCCGACUCCGCAGAGCCUCGCUCCCCUGCUGGAGCCUGGCGCUCCUCCCCGCCCAGAGCCGGCCUCCGUGGCCACGGAUUGUGAAACGAUGGAGACGGUGGAGGCGCAGCACGGAGGCUGCGUGCUAGUAAACUGAAGACACGAAGAGAACGCUGGGGCUGGAACUCAGGCGACAAACGUAAUAUGAUGACGUCGUAUUAAUAAUGUUACAUUUUAAUGGACACAGAAUGACUUGGAAUCCCAGUUCCAUGGUACGAACAGGACAGGACUGGUGGAGCUGGAUUUCUUUACAGAAUUAGCUUGACAAGCACAAAGGAACCAGAACGCACAUUCUAGCACAGGUAGAAAAUCUAGUAGUUCUCGUGUCAGUAUUAAAGCAAUAUGUUAGACCUGAAAUAAUAUAAAAAAAUAGAGUCGUGUCGUUUAAACUGUUUUAUUAGCACUACAUGUUUGAGUUAGUCCACUUACAUCUGCAGAUUUAUUUGGUUCAGUUUAACAUGCAGCAUCAACAUAAAGCAGCACUGAAAUCCACCUGUCACUGCAGUUUCCACCACUAUACAUUUUGAUUCUAAUGCCAGGGUCCAGGGUUCGAAUCUCAGCGGUGCUAUCGGUCUGUCGGGCGUCUGCACGGACACAAUUGGCUAAUGUGUCCGCACUUGUUGGUGCGCUUUCAGUGCCGGUCCAAAGCCUGGAUAGAAAUAGGGUUGCUUAAGGAAGGUCAUCCGGUGUAAUAAUAAUGCCAAGUCUCGCUGUGGUGACCCCUGAAUGCAGGCAAAAUGUCUCAAAUGUCAAUUUUAAACACAGUAUGUAAGUAGCUACCAGGAUAAUAAAGGGUACAAUAAUAAGAGGUGCCCAAGUAGGGUGGAUAUUCGCCUGACACACACUCCCUCCGACGUGUGUGCGUGGAUUUGCAAGCGAGGUUAGCUUUGCGUACAGAGAGCCACACCCCACUUUCAGUAUAGGUCCUUACCCAGCGUUGAUAAGACCACCUCUUAGUCCGGUCUUUUCCACCCAGCAGACUGGAGGCCAAUUGUGCCUGCUAGAGGGUGCCCAGCCGACCGGUAGCAGAUCCAGAUUCGAACCCGGGAGCUUAGGAUCUUGCCACUGGCGCUUGGUGCCAGAGAAUUAGCAAUUUAAAAUGAAGGGGUUUAAUAAUAUGACAGUAAAUAACCUGUUAGAGUUCCAGUGAUGUGCCGCUUUGUCCCAUUCACAUUAUGUUGAUUUAUGUCCACCAUGUGAAUGGACGUCAGAUAUCGAUAUCAUCAACAUGGGCCGAUUUCCAGCGAGCUCAGUGUUCCUCACCUGCCUCCUUAACUCCACAUACAGUCUGAAUAAAUCAUUUCUACACCUAGGUAGUGCACCACAUAUUCAUACAAGGGAUUCUUACUGUUGCUGUUAACAACAUGCACUGAAAAGUAUAAUAGCAAUAUGUACAACUCCAGUAAUAGUUCUGCCUCCUGAAAUCAAUAGCAGCCGUGUUUACUUUUAUUGUGCAAUUUACACAAGUGAAAAUAAUUUCACCGAGAAUUUGCAGUCGAGCUUUUGUUGACGUUCAUUUCGUUGGUAUUAAAACUUAGAUGGGGUGGAGAAAGAAACUGUGUGGUCUUUUGCUCCUUCAGAUAAAUCUGUCCAUUAUGCAACUAAUACACACACACACACAGUAUUGUUGAUAUCUGCAAUUGUCCUUUUUAUGUGAUUAAAUCAAAUUAAAGUU